AUGAAAGAAAACGAAUUGCAUGAAACAACGACUCCGCCUGAAGAAAUCGUUGGAAACGAUGAUAUAAAUAAGCAGCAAAACGACGAAGCUGACCGUUUUCUGGAGCACAUGUCCACCAACCAUAAAACAUUUUCUGUGCUCGACCGGACGGGUCUACGUCUUUCCAUUGGUUGUCUAUUGCCAAUCACAAUGGGAGACAACGGAGAGCAACGUAAUUGGGGAUCGAGUAUCAUUCUGAAUAGUGCUGACCUAGAAUACCCACAAGUCGACUACAAACUACGUGUCAGUGCGAAAAAACGAUUCGAUCCACAACUGACAUGUAAUCGUAGUAAAGGCACAAUCAAACAGAACAAAGUGCUUGUUUUGAAUUACCAACUUCCUGAAUCCUCAAUCAAAUCUGUUCAAUUGACACUCUUAAUUGAUGGAUCACCACAUGAAAUUCCACUUUGCAAAUAUCCAAAAGGCGAUUAUUACUGGAUUGGGAAAGAUACGACAGUUCCUGGACCUGCUCAAUUGAUCGAAGAAAGAAAGCAAAGUGUCUUUGUUAAAACUGAUUCAACUAUGAAGAAUGUGUCACCGGGAAGAAUUGAGAAUAUUCCAGAUGGAUUGAAAGACUUCGUUUUGGGAGGAGAUGGAAUCAAUUCAGUUUGCAAACUACUGUAUCCUUACAGUAAAGAACUAUUCCGUGAUCUGUCUCUAAUGAAUAUUGAGAAUUUUGACAUUAUGGGAUCAUUCGAGAACGGAAAUGCUACUGAUGCGAUUGCCGAAGAGAUUGUACGGCGCUUCCACGAGUCAACACGCGAGAAAUUCACAACUACACCGGCUAUGUUGCAAUGA